UGCACGUACUUGUAGUGAUUAUCUUCUUUUUUUGGCUCGUAUUAGUAACAACUCAAAAUCGACAAGGAAUUGUUCACAAAUAUUACAGGGUUUUUCUGCACGCAUGUUGAUCUCGUAUACAGUGAUGAAGAAUUGGCUUUCUCGAAUUUUCUCUUGGGUUUCGACAGAACCCAUUGUUUCUGAAUCUGGGCUUCUCUUUUCAGUUAUGAAGAACGUCACUAUGGCUCUACUCACUUGCAUUUUUGCUUUAGGCGGAGCUACGAUCGGAGCAAUCACCGGAGGACUCAAAGGACAGACUACAGAAACUGGUUUUUCACGUGGUGUGGCUGUUGGUACGGUGGCGGGGGCCAUCACUGGCGUCCAAUUGAUGGAACUCAUAGUUAAUGGAGAGCCAUUUUCUAAGGUUGCACUAAUAAGUGGAUUUCUUCUU